AUGGACUGUCGUGAAUUACUUAGUGCCCUUACACACAUGCACUUGAACGAUAAUUUUGACGAAAGUAUUGUCAACUUUGCCAAAAAUAAUUGCCCCCGGAACAUUCUUAAUCAAGCAAAAGACUUGAAGGAGGAGGGUAAUACUUACUUUAAGAAAGGUGAAAUCGUUCUUGUAAGGGCUAAGUAUGACAGAGGGCUGAAACUUAUGUGCUUUUGUCUGCCAAGAAAUGAAGAUGAUUGUGUUUUCCUAUGGAACAUUGCCAUAUACCUUGAGUCAAACCUUACAGCUUGCGCUCUGGAAGUCCGUGAUUUCGAACAAACUAAGGAGCUCUGCUCAUUAGUCAUUAUGCUUGAUGGUAACAAUACUAUAGCCCUUUACAGAAGAGCUGUAGCCGAAAUCAAGCUUUAUCAACUCGAAGAGGCCCAUGAAGAUCUUAGCAAAGCAGCUAAGACUGAGCCUAAAAAUCAGGACAUCCUUCGCGAGAUGGAGAAGGUAGAGGGGUUGAGAAUUAAAGCUAACAAGAUCAAGGGAAAGAGGGGCAUUGAGGAGUCUGACUUGUCCCACACCAUCUUCAACAAAAAGGGGAAAAUCAACAAUCCAUCUGUCAGUCUAGACUCUAUUGGGUUUCCUAGUAGCGAUGCUCAGAGUGAUAUUACGGCCUUACCCACCAAGGACACUGCUAAUGAGAUGAUGGUAGAUAGCCUUAUCACUACUUCCAAUGUUCUCACCCCUUUGGAAAAGGAGGACGAUGAUGCUACUAGGUCUCCAAUCAACCAAGAUUCUGGAUAUGCUAAGGACAAGGGACCGAGGAAACUUCAUACGUUUCUCAACGGAUCACGAAGUAAUCAAUCCCUUAAGAUUUCUGAUUUGUCUUAUUCGGAUCUCUGUUAA